UAUAACUAUGGUAUAGGUGUUCUGUGCGUCAACCUUGCCGCUCGUGCCCUUUUCUGCUUAAUAGUGUUGAUGUGUGAGUGCCUCCGUAGAGAACAAAUGCAGCUGACGGCCGCACGGUUAGUUGAGUGACAUCACAGAAUACCUCAUCGCCGGACGCCUGAUGUAAUCAAGGGCAACUCCGUCUGAACGACUCUGAAUGGGCACCGCUGCCGCUGUACGCGAGUAUUUCUCCGCGUUUUGCAACGUUUUAUGAGGAAGCGCUACGUCCCGCUGGUUGUGCAAGGUGCGCCACUCGGAGAAGACCCCGUAGCUUUGACCGCUCUAACGAAUUGGUAUUAUUUUUUUCUACAGCCCUGGCCGGGCCAAGUUGGCCUCACUUUAAACAACAAUCACGGUCAGAACACCUACACCCCUAGCACCUCGCAACAUGUUACAAGUAAUGGGCACAUUGUGGUGUACGAAGCACCUGCGGCAGGUACUUAUCAAGUAUCGAAGGAUAAGUCAGUGCCGCGCCGCUACCAAUGAAGUCCCAGUCGUGGAGCGCAACGUUCGAGAACUGAAGAUCCCCACUUCCUACGGCCACCUCGCGGCUAAACAGUGGCUGCCGUCGUCAGCCGAGGACCCAAGUCGACGUGUUCUCCUUCUUCAUGGUUUCCAAGACAAUGCUGGGAGCUUUGACCUCCUUGUACCAAGGCUCGAUUCUCGUUGGAACGCUGUGGCGCUUGACUUCACUGGCCAUGGCCUGUCUUCACACCUGCCCAAAGGGGCGUCAUAUUUUUCGACGCAGUUUUUGCUCGACAUAUCACGGACAGCUGAUCACCUUGGCUGGAGUCAAUUCUCCUUGAUUGGACACAGUAUGGGAGGCCAUGGAGGCUUCUUCUAUUCUUGCCUUUUUCCUGAGAGGGUGCAGAAUUUGGUGUUGAUUGACGUUUUUGCACCUUCGUAUCGGAAUCCCAACGAAGUUUCACGAGGCUUGCGGGAAGUGUUAGAGGGCAAUGUGCGACUUGGUCACAAGGAUCUCAGCAAGCCGCCUGUCUACACUGAAGAGGAAGUGAUAAAGCUUUACAGGCAUAGUAUAGUUCCAGGCUACCUUCCUGACAACAUACGAACGCUGAUGAAACGUGGUAGCAAGCCUGUCGGGGACAACCGCUACAUCCUGACUAAGGACGUCCGACUGAAGUACACCAGUUGGUUUCAGUGUGACAGUGCUGCCCUGAAACAGUUCUACGGUAGCUACACCAACAACCUCCUGGUCGUAAUGGCUGUUCCUGGCCUUGGAGCCACAUCUUCAAAGCACAAGUUACUGUCAGACGUCUGUGCACAAAACUGCCGCACGUUUAAAAUUGCGGAAGUAGCAGGUAACCACCACGUGCACAUGACUCGACCGGAUGCAGUAGCUAGUCACAUACGUCCCUUCUUAGAUCCACAUUGAUGUGAUAAAGCAACAAUAUUUUGAAUGUAAAUUUUAUUUGCGCAUUAUCCUUCCAAGCAGCCAAAGUGAUAAGUAUCACUUAACAAUGUUUUAUUUUAGUUUUUAACUUGUGCUGAACUAGAUAAUUUCAACUACUGCCUUAAGGUGCAUAUUAGCACAGCUGAGCUGAGCAUCAUUCCAUUAUUUGCCGUAUGUGUAACGGCAUUUUAAAUUUGUCUUCAGGAAACUUAACAAGUUCUAACUAUGUUGGUAAAAAAAAAGAAACAAAACAAAACUUGUAAGGCAAAAUACUGCUAGCUCGAACGAGCUGGCAGUGUUUUGCAGCUAGCACAUUUGUAGUAAUGCAUAGCUGCUGCCUUUCUUUUUCUGUGCGUUUUACUUCAAUUGGUUCCAUGCUAACAAAAGAUAUUCAGUGGCACUACACUCUGCUAAGAAACAAUUAAACAUUUCUUUGCUUGUUUAAAUGGUCAUAAAAAUGAAUUUUAAACCCUGUGUAAAAUUUUUUUUUUCUUUGUUCAGAAAAAACAAGUAGCCAUGCUUGCUUGCCGAGCUGUUAGGCAUUUUGACAAUGUAUGUUCAGGAAUAUUUAGUCCUUUAUCAGAAAAAGAAAAUGCUGUUGCAUUUUAAAGAGGUGGUGCCACCAAAUUUGUGGCAUGCUUGUUCUUUGUUGUGAGCAUUUCCUGCGGCUCCAGGAAGCAUAAGACACACACCAAGAUUCGCGUAUUUUUUGCUAAAUAAUUUAUUAUUGCUUUACUUAUGAAAACCAUUUUCGGUUUCGCGGUGCCGAAUUGGGCAGUGGCGUUGAUGCAUAGGUGGCUUGGUCCUGUGAGCACACAAGGCUGUGACGCACAUCGCAUUAAGUUUCGCCUGCUCCCAUACACGCGUGCCACACUAAGCGCCAGCAAAACAAACACGACAGUCACCAUGGCCAGCUGCAGUAGCAUCGAGACAGUGGCAAGGCAAAAGGCAGCAAGAAGGAAACAACGUGUUUAUAUUUACAAUGUAUGUACAGAAUGUGGACGAGGAAGCUGCACGACGCUCGAUGCACCGACCUUUUAUCGGCGCCAAGAUGCUGAUGGAGGAUGAGACAGCCCCGCUUUUGGAUGCGCGCAGUGUCCUUGAACGACGCAUUGAGUGUCUUUUCGGAAGCACUCAGAGUCCUUGACGGACGUACACUGUGUUUCUGCAAGGGAUGCCAGCACACUCGUAACAGCAGGCAUGCUAGUUCUCUCCUUGUUCACAAAAUGCAUUUCGGAGAUGGUGGAGGUCAUUCACGUCACUACAAAUCUGGUGUGACGUCACGACAACUGCCGUUGCUUCUCCUAUUCUUAAACGACAGUGUUGCUGCGCAAGCGAUUCACCUAGAUCGCGGGAGUCAGCAUUCAGCUACACUUUUAGAAGUGAAUUCAAAUAUAUUCUACGCGUUUGUUGUGUCUGACUCUUCGUGUGGAGAGUCCUUGCAUACAAAGUAAACCCACAACAGGCUUGGGAUAGCCUUGAAAUUUGGUGUCACUACCUAUUUAAGAUAACCAGGCCUAAGUUGACAUGCACUAGUAAUCUUUGCUGUAUUUUUAUGGUUCAGACAUGACAAAAGAUUACAGAAUCUAUUAUGUCACAGUUCUUAUCAUGAUAGCUUAGCUGCGAAUGGGUUGCACUUAGCAGCGUGUUCAGUUCUUGGCCACAGAACUGCCAUUUUAGUGGGAAAGAAAUACACGAAAAUUCGUGUUCUUUGACUUCUUUCAGCUGAAAGUUAUGAUGAACUGUCUUUAAAUACAUCAAACUUACACAAUCUCAUUUCUAGGCUGUGCAUACUCUAUUGUAAGAAACAGAUGAUGGUAAUACGUAUGUUGAUUUCUGAUUUGUGCAAAUCUCAUGUGCAAAAUUAAUAGUUAAAUUAU